GACGCGCCCGCCCGGCCCCCUCCCCCGGCGCCGGCCAAGUGAGGCGGUGAUGCGGGCGCUGGCGGCCUGGGCUGAGCCGAGAGCGGAGACACAGGCUCAAGAUGGCAGAUUCCCACUGAGGCUGAGGGGGCCGAGCUCGCGCGCCGCGUUCCCUUCUCCGUUGCCAUGAACCGCGGACACCCCGGCCCCGAUGGCCCCCGUGUACGAAGGUAUGGCCUCACAUGUUCAAGUUUUCUCCCCUCACACCCUUCAAUCAAGUGCCUUCUGUAGUGUGAAGAAACUGAAAGUAGAGCCAAGUUCCAACUGGGACAUGACUGGGUACGGCUCCCAUAGCAAAGCGUACAGCCAGAGCAAGAACAUACCACCUUCGCAGCCAGCCUCCACAACCGUCAGCACCUCCUUGCCAAUCCCAAACCCAAGCCUACCUUACGAGCAGACCAUCAUCUUCCCAGGAAGUACUGGACACAUAGUCGUAACAUCAGCAAGUAGCACUUCUGUCACCGGGCAAGUCCUCGGCGGACCACAUAACCUAAUGCGUCGAAGCACUGUGAGCCUCCUUGACACCUACCAAAAAUGUGGACUCAAGCGAAAGAGUGAGGAGAUUGAGAACACAAGCAGCGUGCAGAUCAUUGAAGAGCAUCCACCCAUGAUUCAGAAUAAUGCCAGCGGGGCCACUGUAGCUACUGCCACCACAUCCACUGCCACCUCCAAAAACAGUGGCUCUAACAGCGAAGGCGACUAUCAGCUGGUGCAGCAUGAAGUGCUGUGUUCCAUGACCAACACCUAUGAGGUUUUAGAGUUUUUGGGCAGAGGAACAUUUGGGCAAGUGGUCAAGUGCUGGAAACGGGGCACCAAUGAAAUUGUGGCCAUUAAAAUCUUAAAGAACCACCCUUCCUAUGCCCGGCAAGGUCAGAUUGAAGUGAGCAUCCUAGCCCGGCUGAGCACAGAGAGCGCGGAUGACUACAACUUUGUGCGGGCCUAUGAGUGCUUCCAGCACAAGAAUCACACCUGCUUAGUCUUUGAGAUGUUGGAGCAGAACCUCUAUGACUUUCUGAAACAGAACAAGUUUAGCCCCUUGCCCCUCAAGUACAUUCGUCCAGUCCUCCAGCAGGUAGCUACAGCCCUGAUGAAACUCAAAAGCCUGGGUCUUAUCCAUGCUGACCUCAAACCAGAAAACAUCAUGCUGGUAGAUCCAUCUAGACAGCCAUACCGAGUGAAGGUCAUUGACUUUGGUUCAGCAAGUCACGUCUCCAAAGCUGUCUGCUCUACCUACUUGCAAUCCAGAUACUACAGGGCCCCUGAGAUCAUCCUUGGUUUGCCAUUCUGUGAGGCUAUUGACAUGUGGUCCCUUGGUUGUGUCAUUGCUGAGCUGUUCCUGGGCUGGCCGUUAUAUCCAGGAGCUUCCGAGUAUGAUCAGAUUCGGUAUAUUUCACAAACACAGGGUUUGCCAGCGGAAUAUUUAUUAAGUGCAGGGACAAAGACAACUAGGUUUUUCAACCGUGACACCGACUCUCCAUAUCCUUUAUGGAGGCUAAAGACACCAGAUGACCAUGAAGCUGAGACGGGGAUUAAGUCAAAAGAAGCAAGAAAGUACAUUUUCAACUGUUUGGACGAUAUGGCCCAGGUGAACAUGACAACAGAUUUGGAAGGGAGUGACAUGUUGGUAGAGAAGGCAGACCGACGGGAAUUCAUUGACCUAUUAAAGAAGAUGCUGACCAUAGAUGCUGAUAAGAGGAUCACUCCCAUCGAAACUCUGAACCACCCCUUUGUCACAAUGACACACCUGCUCGACUUUCCCCAUAGUACACAUGUCAAAUCUUGUUUCCAAAACAUGGAGAUUUGCAAGCGCCGGGUGAAUAUGUAUGACACAGUGAACCAGAGCAAAACACCUUUCAUCACGCACGUGGCUCCCAGCACAUCUACCAACUUGACCAUGACCUUUAACAACCAGCUGACCACUGUCCACAACCAGGCUCCCACCUCCACCAGUGCCACUCUUUCCUUAGCCAAUCCCGAAGUCUCCAUACUAAACUACCAAUCUACACUCUACCAGCCCUCAGCGGCAUCCAUGGCCGCAGUGGCCCAGCGGAGCAUGCCCCUGCAGACGGGAACAGCCCAGAUUUGUGCCCGGCCAGACCCCUUCCAGCAAGCUCUCAUCGUGUGUCCCCCUGGCUUCCAAGGCCUGCAGGCCUCUCCCUCCAAGCAUGCCGGCUACUCAGUGCGGAUGGAAAAUGCUGUUCCCAUCGUCACUCAAGCUCCAGGAGCUCAGCCUCUUCAGAUUCAACCUGGUCUGCUUGCUCAGCAGGCCUGGCCAGGUGGGGCCCAACAGAUCCUGCUUCCUCCAGCCUGGCAGCAGCUGACUGGCGUGGCCACCCACACGUCCGUGCAGCAUGCAGCUGUGAUUCCUGAGACCAUGGCAGGCACUCAGCAACUGGCCGACUGGAGGAACACACAUGCUCAUGGAAGCCAUUACAAUCCCAUUAUGCAGCAACCUACACUCUUGACUGGACAUGUGACCCUUCCAGCAGCCCAGCCCUUAAAUGUGGGUGUAGCCCAUGUGAUGAGGCAACAACCAACCAGCACCACCUCCUCCAGGAAGAGUAAGCAGCACCAGUCAUCUGUGAGAAAUGUCUCCACCUGUGAGGUGACCUCUUCACAAGCUACCAGCUCCCCUCAGCGAUCCAAGCGUGUCAAGGAGAACACUCCCCCACGGUGUGCCAUGGUGCACAACAGCCCAGCCUGCAGCACCUCGGUCACCUGUGGGUGGGGUGAUGUGGCCUCCAGCACCACAAGGGAGCGACAGCGACAGACGAUUGUCAUCCCUGACACCCCCAGCCCCACCGUCAGUGUCAUCACCAUCAGCAGUGACACAGACGAGGAGGAAGAGCAGAAACACGCCCCCACCAGCACGGUCUCCAAGCAGAGGAAAAAUGUCAUCAGCUGUGUCACAGUCCACGAUUCUCCCUACUCCGACUCCUCCAGCAACACCAGCCCCUACUCGGUGCAGCAGCGCACAGGGCACAAUGGCACCAAUACCUUGGACACUAAGGGGGGCCUGGAGAAGCACUGCACCGGCAACCCCCGCACCAUCAUCGUACCCCCACUGAAGACCCAGGCCAGUGAAGUGCUGGUAGACUGUGACAGCCUAGGGCCAGCGGUCAGCACCAGUCACCAUUCAUCCUCCUUCAAGUCCAAGUCCUCCAGCACCGUGACCUCCACCAGUGGCCACUCUUCAGGGAGCUCAUCAGGAGCCAUCACCUACCGGCAGCAGCGGCCAGGCCCCCAUUUCCAGCAACAACAGCCCCUCAAUCUCAGCCAGGCUCAGCAGCACAUGGCUACAGACCGCACUGGGAGUCACCGUCGGCAGCAGGCCUACAUCACUCCGACUAUGGCCCAGGCUCCAUACACCUUCCCGCACAACAGCCCCAGCCAUGGCACUGUACACCCCCACCUGGCUGCAGCUGCCCACCUCCCCACCCAGCCUCACCUCUACACCUAUACCGCGCCCACAGCCCUAGGCUCCACCGGCACCGUAGCCCACCUGGUGGCAUCCCAAGGUUCAGCACGCCACACUGUGCAGCACACUGCCUAUCCGGCCGGCAUCGUCCACCAAGUCCCCGUGAGCAUGGGGCCCCGGGUCCUACCCUCACCCACCAUCCACCCCAGUCAGUAUCCAGCCCAGUUUGCCCAUCAGACGUACAUCAGCGCCUCGCCAGCCUCCACCGUCUACACUGGAUACCCACUGAGUCCUGCCAAGGUCAACCAAUACCCUUACAUAUAAACACUGGAGGGACCCGCAGGGAGGGGUGGAGGAGCUCCCAACAGACCUGGGAGCUGGGGUUUUAUACUGCAGGUGCCGCACACAAACAAUGCAAAUGGGGCAGGGAGGGGGCAGUUGGGACGCAAGUGAAACUUGAACUAGGAGUGGGAGGACUUAGAGCAGAGAGGAGAGCCUUUUAAAAGGAAGGGGUUAAGGAGUGGGAAAUCUAUGCUUUUUAUUUUAAAAAAGAAAAAGGAAAAAAAGAAAAAGAAAAAUGUUAGUAACAAAAGAGUAAAAAAAGAAAAAAACUCAGCUCACAAACCCAUUCUGCACCAAACUGGAAAGGAAAAGAAGAGCUACAGGAAGAUUCUGGAAGCAAGGGGCCCCAGUUUUUGAAGAACUUUAUGAACUUUUUAAAGAUUAUUUUCAUAUGACAGCAAGUGACAUUGAAGAAUUUGCUGUCAGGGACACCUGAUAUGGAAAUCCAAUAGAUUUUUAAUUAAUUGAACAUGAAAAUUAGGGAUUUUUCCGGAACUCCAAAAGGGUCAACACCCCUUUCAAGUAGCAGGCCGUGGCCUGAGGAGGCUCAUAUUUGGGGGUUGGUCUGGGGUUGGCAAAGUCCAGUUCUGGCUCAUUCGUCAGGAACAGUGGGGUCGCCAGACUGAUGGAAGACCCCUCAGGAGAGGGGCUAGUUUCCUCUUUUGGGGCAUUCUGGAUAAAUCUCUAAGCAAUGUUAUUCCUCAGAUAUCAUAAUAAUGUGUGUUGUAGUCUUUAAUUUUUUUUCUUUUCUGUGAUUUUUCUUUUUAUCUUGAAUCAACCCCUAGUCGUGUAGCGUAGGGCUAGGUCGUCACGGACACCCUAGUACAAUGUAGCACUCUGCCCUCGUUUCCUACCUUGUGUUCAACUCCAGUGAUACCAAUAGACUAUCCCUUGAUGUAAUUGCACAAAACAAGUGAUCUAGCAUAGGCAUGGAACCAAUGUGGUGGUCUAGGUGAACGAGUGAGUGUGCAUGAGCACGUGUGGGUGUGAGCGGGGCUGCCACCCUCCCCGUGUGUCCCUUGGCACCGCCGUCACAGCCCUUGCAGUCUUGAUUUUACAUCAUUCCCUCCUAGUGCCUUAACGACCGACAGACAGACAGACAGACACGGUGAAGGGUUACUUCCACUGGUACUCCAAGAAACUGGCUGGGGCAGGUCAGAUAUGUUCUCAGCUCUUUUGUUAAGCUGUUAAGAGUAUUUUACUUGGGUCUUUUUGUUUUUGUAUUGUUUUAAUGUCAUGUGGAUUGUCUUUCCUGGGCUCAUUGUGAGCAGAAGGAUUUCAAAGAAGCUUAUAUACCUAAAAGUGGGGAGUCGUGGAUCUCAGGAGAGAUGUAAGAGCCAAGUGGGGGACACUGGCCACAGCUGGUUCUUCUGCUGAGUUUUCCUCUGAGGGCAGAGGUCCAGAGAGACUCCCCACCCUGCCCUAGCUCUGCCACACAUGGCGUGAGGGGGUCUUAAGGAUGUCGGCUUCGCCAGGCAGCUGCCUCAGCCUCCAGACCCACCACCCGCUUCCUGGAGCCAUCUGGGGAGAGGCAGGAGACCUGUUCCCAUUUCUGCUUCCCUCCCCAGUCCCUCCCUCCCACAGAAGCCUGGUAGUCUCAGACACACCUGCGUAUCUCUCCACCAGCUCCAGGGACUGCGGUUGGGCUCCCCUGCAGACUGCCACUGCUAAGUUUGCUGUUGCUUCUUUCCUGAAAUUAACCUAGGUCUCCCAGUCCAUUUGAAGCUCUGCCUUUGAGAGAGAUGAGCAGGCAGAGGGGCUGGAGGGACAUUUGGGAAAACACUCCCAUGGACAGUUAAGCCUCAAAGAAAUCUGCCCUUCACCCUCUGCAUUCUGGAUGUUUUCUUCAGCUUUGAACAGUGAGGUGGGUAGGAAUUUUCUGUUCCUUCUGGGAAACUCUGAAGCCAUGGAGGUUGGAGACAGUCAGGUCCAGGAUGGGACAUAGUAGCAUGGUAUGGAUUGUUUGAGCCUGGUGUGAGUCCUAGCUAGCCCCCAAUCCACAUCUUCAGGUAGAAGGUUUGUGGUCAGCAGUCCAGCCUUCCCAGUGUCCUCCCUGUCUUCCCUCUGCAGGCCCUGAGCAAUCUACUGUGAAAGACUUUCCUCAUGAGACCUGCCUUCCUUCAAUAAUGAAGCUUACUUAGCUUUUAGCUGUGAAAAGCUCUGGAAACUUCCCCACCCAUCAAUUCUUAUAAAGUCCCCCAACUGGGUAUGUCUUAGUGCACCUUUGGCCAAAAAGAGGAGAUGCUAAAACCUGGCGAGGCCUGACCCACCUCCAGCCAAGGACUAGCUGGAAGCACAGUGAAUGGAACAGGCCUGCAGGAGGAAGCUGCGUCCUUUUCCUAGUCAGAACCACUUGAGCCCAAGCCUGGUUUUAGCUGAAAGUGAGACAACAGGAAAAGUCAGUUCAAGGUGGGGUGGGGAACAAAGCCUUUGGAGAACCCCUGAGCCAGAGGCUCCUAGAGCCUCACCAGCGUGGAAACCCAUCUGUCACGGAGCUUCCAGCAGUCAGAUGGCAGUUUCCCAUGGGACCUUCUCGUACUAAGUCCUGACUGGAAGUGGGCCUGGGUUUGCCUUGCUCUGUGACAGGAUCUGGAGGGCCAGCGCAGUCCAGAGCUGGUCUAGAGGACGGAUGACUUGUCCCUCAUCUCUUCUUGUCCGCUGACACUGAAGCUCUUCACCCCUUCUGUCCUUUCCCCUUCUCCUUCCAGACCAACCAUGAAUGUUCCUUGUUGCUCAUAAAGUUAGUCUUAUCGUACUGAUUAUUGUGUUAUUGCCACUGUAAUUAUGAUCAUUAUCACCUUGUUGCUAUUUUAGUCAGGGUGUGAAGUACACAUUUAUUCCAAGUAUCUUUGUGUUUUCUUUGUAAUAUGUAAAUUUGUUUUAUUAUAGCUGUGAGUAUGUGAAUAGACUGGAGGGACAUAUACAUGUCCAGUGUUGUCCGAGGGAAUGGAGAAAAAAGGAAAGAAGGCUCAGGAAUCAGGAAAAAUUGUUUCUGUCAUCUCUGUCCCAUAGAGAGCUGCAAAGAAGGCUACUGCAAAGCAGAGACUCGGAUACAUUGGGUCCUUCUCACAUGGCCCAGCUGGGUACUCAACCGCUGUUGGUACAAUGUCUUUCGGACCUUUGGCAGUUCCUCCCAUGUUCUCUGUGCUUCCCUCCGCAUCUGAACUACUGACCAGAUCUUAGCCUGCCUCACAUCUGACAGUCAGCAUCCAAAGGCCCCUCUCAAAGCUGCCCCGACCUUUCCUUACCUUCAGUUUUCCCGUCACUCGGCUCAGCUCUUUCAGUGCAGAGACAGUGGUCACACCCAGGAGCCAUUAGGUGCAGUGAAGGUCAUGGGCAGCCAGGGCCUCCUUGUGAGAUAUUUCUGCCUCACUCUGUCCUUCUACUCAGUUGCCACCCUUCCCGUUUCCCUAGUCUGCUUCUUUCCCAGACAUCAAGGAAUGAGACAUAAGAGAGCCCCACGCAGACAGACCAGCAGCUGCUCAGAUGCUGCAGGACUCCUUCUAAGUCACUGGCAAGUGAAGGGCACAGUGGGACUUGUAGCUACCUCCUUCCCGGGCUCUAGCUGUGCCCUUCAGUGUGUGUAUUGUGGUGAUGGGUGUGUGUCUAUUACCCACUGACACUCAGAACAACCAGGCCCCCGGUGAAGGAAGUUUCCCGAACAGAAGAUAGCCACUCGGCAAACCUCCAUUCCACUCCCGCGCCUCCCCUGAUCUCAAGUCCAUGUACAGGAGUCUCACAAGACCCCAGUCAGUUAGCACCCUCACCUAAGCUCCCGAGGUGUCAUCACCUCAUCCCUUUGCAAAGAAAGGCUGUUGUCCUUGGUACUGCGUACGCUCUCAGUUGGGGGGCCGCUUAGUCCUCAGUAGACCAUGUGUCUCUGGGCCUUCUCUAGUGAAGAAACGCUGCUCAGCUUGAGGAAGAUGAGAAGGAAACAGGUCCGUGGCACCUCGUGACCCUCAGGUCAGCAGACUCUGUUGCUCGCUGGGUUCUUACUGACUAUCUGGGCCUUGGCACACGGGCCUGUGUGUCAGUAUGUCGGGGUGAUGUUUUAGGAAAGCAGAUGAGCAGGCCAGUGGGUAGGCAAGGCUGGUGUUCAUGUCAGUUAACCCUGUGAAGUGGAUGUGGUUGGUGUGUUUCAGAGAAAAAGGGGCCGGGGGAGGGGCAGUGUCCCCUGGACUGUGUUCAAGUUUCUCUCCUUCCUGGUGGCAAAGUUGUUUUCCACUAUAAAAGCCAACUUGGCUUUGUUCUGUUUGCUUCUAAGGAUUGGAGCUGACCAACCAUUGCGUGGAGCAGGUCAGGAAAGGAGGUCAGCACAGCCGAUAGGACCUCCCUAGACCAGCUCUCGGGAGAUGCAGACACUUUUGAACGGUGUGGCGGGGGAGUGUGUUGGCUGACUGUAGUGAGUGGAGUUAAUGUUGAGGAGGCUUAAGGAAGUAUUCCUGGUGGUUCAUGGUAGUAAGGGUGAUUGGGUCCUCACUCCGUCCCUCCCUCCCCCAGGUUCUCAUCAUCUGGCUGAGGGCAGAGUAGGAUGUGCGCAUGGCUCUUACUGGCCUGCCAAGUAGCUGCUAGGACAGAAAACAGAAGAAAAUUGCUUGGUGCCCUCAGCUAGCAGAGAGAGUUCCGUGAGAGGCAAUGUCUCCUUCCAUGGCCCAGCCUGAGACCACACAACCCCCAGCCAGCCGUUGGACCCCAGCACAUUCUGUCCCAGGGUCUCCCGGGCUUCGCUCCUCAUUCCUGUUUUCCCUCUUAUGUGCUUUACAGAUUUUCGGUAGGGGGCCUCAAAAUUAAGCAGGCCAGAGAUGCCCUUACCAAAUUAGAGAGGAAAGUAAAACUGUCCCUUUCUAUAGCCAAAGACACCUUUACAGGUGGACAAAUGUCACCCCCUGUUCCCUUGGGCAAUACUGGCUUCAGUGAUGCAAUUCCAUUUAUUUCCCUCCCUAUCCUGCCUCCUUUUUUUAAAUCUCACUGCAUUUAUUUCAAAACCACUCAUCUUUAAAGAGUAGUGGAGUCUGGUCCUAAGUGCUGCUGUCCCUAGGGAACUGAGGCCCCUACAGUGUUCAUUUGUGUUUAAUUGAUCUCAUGCUUCUGUGGGAGCUAGCAAACAAGCAAGCAACCCUUCCCUGGUGACCCACGCUGCCUCUCGGGCUCCAGAUGCACAGAACCGGUUUGAGAUGGCAGCAUCUGUCCACCUGCCCGGUCUCAACAAGCAGUACUCAGACAAAUCCAUCAAGCCACUGAAGAACUAAAGAUGGCGAAAUGAGGCAUAGUUAAUUGCAAAAGCAACCUCACGAACACUUUGGCACUACGGCUCUCUGUAGUGACCAACUGAGGAGAGGUUUCCCGGGUCUUUAGAGCAGUCUCUUUCCUUCUGGCUCAGAGUUGCCAGAAAAGAGAGCCUGAGACUCCUUGUCACAGACCCUUCCCCAAUCCUUUCAGGGUCCCGCAUCCCAGACCCGUGCAGGAGAGCACUGCACAGAUGACCUCCCGCUGCACACAGUAGUGUGCUAGGACUACCCUUGUAUGAGGACUCACCGACGGUUAUUGAGUGCUCACAGUAUGCCAAGGCCUUGCUGAGCAUCCUCUCACAGACCCAUCACGGCCACCCACCCUGGCAGGAAGUCAAUAGCCCCUGUUUGACAGAUGGAAGAGCUGUCCCUCUGAGAAACUGGAAUGUGUGAAAGGGAAAGCGUGAUACAUUUCAGAAUCCCCAAGUUUUUAAUCCUAUUUUUUUGUUAAUCAGGACUUUACUGAUGUAAAAUUUUGUUUCCCUGUUUAACUAACUACAAUGACAGCCUAUCUCUAAUGGGUCAUUCAAUGACACUCCCAUUCCCUGCGUGCCAAACACAGGCUAAGAAUUGCUCAGUGAGCCCGUGACACCAGUCGCGUCCGUCCCUGUACAGAUAAGGCACCUGGCUUAAAGUUCCCGUAAGCUGCUCAGGCCACCCAGCUGGUGAGAAGGAACAGGCUUGACCUUCUAUCUGCUUGGCUCUAGAACUGGCUCACAGACCCAGCCUCAGCUGCCUCCCUGUGUACAGCGAGGACAGUCCUUUGCCGAAUGUCACGCUCUGUCUUCCCUAUGCUGCUGCAGGCUCAGCGUGUCUGUGCAAAGAGGGUUCCUGGAUGGGAUACAGGUGGAAGAGGAGGAGUUUGACUUUAAGAACAGUCGGGGAGUUUCUCUGGAAUUCCUUUCUGGUUUCUUUCCAGCAAUUAGCUUUAGUCACGCUGCUACAACUCCUGUCAGACUGAAGGGAAAGUGUUCUUUUCUUUUAUAAAAAUAAAUAAAUAAGAUGAUUUUUCUUGCUUAUAGUUAAUACUAGAAAGGCAAUACUAAAAGUAUAUAUUUUUUUCCAAAAUGCUAUUUUUUACUGUACUUGAUAAAUACUUGGCAGCUCUGAUCUCUGUAGCAGACCCUCUCUUCAGCUCUGGGCAGAACCAGGGGCCAGGUUCACACCAAAUUUGUAAAUACCAUCUGGGUCUGUGUCCAGGAACUUUUUUUUCUAUGAAGAAACAAACAAAAACAAAAAAAAGAAAAACAAAAAAAGAGGAGGAAGGGGAGGAUGAAGGCAAGCUGGGAAGAGGAACAAAAUCGCGUUUUCUUGCAAGAGAGACUUUCUCAAAGAGAUGGACAGAGCAUGACAGAGCAAAGCAACCAAGCCAGGAAGUGAGAAAGGGGUGCCUCAGACUGCCAUGCCAUUGGGAGCGCUACUGCCACCGCUUAGUUCUCUUGAGAGGUAACAAAAACCUAGAAAUGCUUUAGGACUAGAUUUUCAUUUCUUAAAGAUUCUUAUCAUGCACUGUAUCUGCUCAGUUGUUUUGGUUGGGCUUCUUUUUUCUUUAAAAAUGUCUUUACUGACUGUCUCCAGGCUUGUUUGCCUAAGUUCUUAGGUCGUUUACACAAGUUCUAAAUUCUUCUAGAACUUUAACUUCAUUGGAAGUGAACCCAGCUAGCGCAGCUCUGAGGUCCUAGCUGGUGUCAGUGGUGUUCUGGGCCUCUGGCAGAGCACCUUGAAACGUUCUCAGAUGGUUUAGAUACAUUACCUUACGCAAACUGUGACCCAAUGGCAAUAAUUACCUCAAAUAUGGGCAUUCGUCCUGGUUUUAGCCUUUUCUGAAAUCAUGUAGCCAGCUUGACCUUGUCAUUCAAAAGACUAUGAAUUCUCUGUGGGCUGAAAGUAAGGAUAAUGCAUACCCUGGUCACUGUUGCCGAAGUGAGUCCUGAGAAUAGCUCACCCUUCCACCAGAAGAGAUGGCCUGUGUCAUGAUCAAUGUGAUGUCAAAGCUGUGUGGAGCGUGUUCCUCACCACGUAACAUGCCCUUUGCGCUCUCCGGUAUCAAGUAAACUUCACAGUUAACUGUGGAUACUCAAGCAUACUUCUGGCUACAUUUUAUAGUUAAAGUAUUUUAUAGUUUACAUUUAACCUGGUACUUCUUAAAAGAAAAUUGUUCCUAACUGCCAUCUUCAACCACAGCGAUUGAUUGACUCUUACACCAGAAGCUGUGUCUCCCCGAGGCAGGCAGGUUCCGCUUAUACUGCUUGUAGCCCAAUAUGCGCGUGUCCUUUAUUGCUGCUUUCCAGGGGCCCUGAGAGAAUGUGAGAGGAAGUCUAGAGGGAGUGGGAAGGGUGAGUCCUGACCCUGGGCCAGAUGCCGGGCCCCGUGCCGUGUGUGUCGGCACUUGUCGAGGCCUUGACAGCAUGGAGGGGCGGUGAGAAGUGAUCCCUGCUCCAUCAACUCUGUCAUGGCUUGAAUGCUUCCUUCAUGACUAGAUCCCUCACCUGGCAGUAGGUGAUACUGGUUCUCAGUAGCUCUGAAGGUAUGGUUGCUCUUUCUGGGUCCCCAGUGAACCUCUAGAGGUCAGCAUUUUGAGAGGGAGAACCAUACCCUUAUGCCGUUUUCACUGGCUGGGUUUUCCACAUAUCACUGUCUUAGUCAUUUUUCUUUAAAAACAAAACCCAUGUAAAAUGAUGUAUACUUUAAUUUACCCAUUGUCCGGCUACGCUGUGAAACCUAGUUCAGAGGCCUCUGCUGAUGGACAUAGGUGCUUCUGAGCCGAAGGAGCUGGAGUGGACGAAGGGUGGCCCGUGGCGCUGGGUCCACGGAGGGGAUUUACAGUGAAACAGGCCUCAGAGCCAAGUGUGGGCUCCACUGGUAAGCAGGAGAAGACAGGGAAUACCAGUUUUCCUGAUCGUCUUGUUGGGUUUGGGGGGUGUUUUAUUUUUGUCUUGUGUUUUGUCUUUAAGACAGGGUCUCGCCAUGUAGCCCUGGCUGGUCUGGAACUCACUAUGUGGACUGGGUUUUAUUUUUUUUCCUGUGGAAGACCCAUGGUGAUCAAUGUGUGAUGUGAUUGUCCCUCCACAGACACCUUGAGAGCUGCAGCACGAGGUACAGGGCUGCUCACCUCUGCUUGCUUUGCCCCUGCGGCCAGUGCUGACGGCGUGCUCCUGUGGUCUCUGAGAAUGAAUGUCCUGUACGAUACUCUUCAUCUCCCCCUCCUUAGUCAUACUUUGAGAUCCUGGUGUGUGUGUGUGUGUGUGUGUGUGUGUGUGUGUGUGUGUGUGUGUGUGUGUUUUCCUUUGCACUAAUAAACCAAAUGAAUUUUGUGUCAUUGUCUUUGGAGCUAACCCGUGUUUUUAAACAUGAGAGGUAUAGAAAUGGGCUUUUCACUAUUAUCUGAAAAGUUUAAAUUUACUGUAUCUAAAGAAGGGCUCUGCUGUCGCUCUUUUUAGUCUCCUCUCAACCAACUUCCAAAAUGGAUCUCCCCUGCUUGCAUUGGCUCCUUGCUUCUGUAGCCACCUCUGCCCCCUACUGUCAGAACAGACCAGGCUCUGCUCAGGCGCUCAGGACUCCAGGAAGCUCCAGUCAACUAGAAGACUUGCUUAGCCUUGAGAGCCGUGCUCCUGCCUCCCUGGCUCCCUGCUGGGCUGACAGACUGUGGAUUUGCUAUUGAUGUGUCAGUGCUUUGGCUCAGGUUAGGAGGAAGGACAUAGGAAGUUGAACGUGACUUGACCGUGCCAUCCUCUAGCUUCCGGUGACUCUGAGCGAGACGAAUACACACAUCCUUCAAAGCAGAGGCCCUGUUCACGCUGCCUCCAAGUCGGCUAGCUCCCUGCCCUUCCACAUCCCUCUCUCUUGUGUACUGCCCAUUUGAGACUGGCUUUCUUCCAUGGGUUACCCAGGGCACAAUCAUUUCUAGCCCCAAAAGCACCCUUCACCCCUUUGUGUGUGUGUGUUUUUAACCAAAUGAAGUUGACAAGAAAGGCGUAUGUUGGGGCUGCAGGAUUCCUAGUGUAGUAGAAGCACUGUAUAGAUAGAGAUGUUGAUAUAUAUGUUUGUGUAUAUAUAUAUCAAGCCAAAUUUUCUGAUAGGAAAAGUAUAGCUUUAUGGAUGAGAAGGAAGAGGAGCCCUUUAGAGGUUGGAGAGCACUGAUGUGUCCAAUGAGCAAGGUGCAUCCUGUUCCUUCACUCGCAGCUAAGGCCCCAGCACCCAGCCCUCGCCGUCCCGCUCACCUCAGCAGAGCUGGGAGACUGUGAGGGUUCUGCUGCUCUGCGGGUCUCCAGCAGCAAAGGCCUGGGAGAGGGAGGGACACAGACCAGAAUGACUGGGCUUUUCCAUCCAUUUUGCUCUGACCACAUGCAUUCAGCUACAGCCUGAUAUUAUCUCACAUUUCAAAAAAAAAAAUGGCACCGUGAAGAUGGCGGGCGAAAGAGAUCGGUAGCAAUGCUUACCUUUCAGCUGCCUGUGGGUUCAGGACGCUCUGGGCAGGAAGACACACUCCCUGGGACUAAAACGGAGAAGAGGGGACCUGUCAGUGCCCAUUCCCCAGUCCAAGGAAGGAGGCUCCCUCCCCCAGGUCAUCUCACCUAGAUAUUUCUCUAGCAGGUCAUCUCAGCUCAGUCUCAACAACCCCCUGAAAGCCCUGGCCAGCGUGUCCCUUCACUGUACGGUUUCUGUAAUAAAGUGUUAAUCCAUGUUAAUCUGUGUGGGAACUAUUGCGUGCAACAGUAUUUUCUCGUGUACCUCUUUUCCUCUGUGGCGUGUCUCCUUUUUAUUUAUAAAUGUCUACUUUUGUUUAAAAGGACAAACCAGUGUGUCGUAGACCUCUCUGUAACCUGUUCCUUAGUCUCAUUAUAGGUAUGUUAUAAGGGUGGAUAUUUUACUUGGCUUUAGAAUGUUUUUCAAGAAAACUAAUUCUUAACUGAUGAAGUUGUCGCUACUAAAAUGCUUGUUUUCAUCAUGAUGUCGUGCGCUUCUAAAUUAAUCAUCAUUUUCGUUGUAGAAAAAUGGAGUGAAUUUAUAUUAGUCUUGGAAACUAAUAAUAGCAUUGUAAAUUUAUGAGAUGAUUUUAACAGAAAAAUUAUAGAAGAAUAUAGUUAUUUUAAUUGUAAUAUUACUAACUGUAGGGUGAGGAAGGGGGGGUCCUGUUGUGGUGAACUCUGUUAUAGCUUGUUACUCAGUUUCUUUUUGAUCAUUUUUUCGGUCUCUGAGGUGAAGCGAGUUAUUAAUGGAAUCUGUACACUCACAUAUGCAUAUUGUAUAUGUGUAGAGAUGUGGUCACACUGUCUUGGAAUUACAUUAAACUGUUUGGAAUCACUGUA